AUGGGCGCCAGCGAUUCGAAGCUUGUCUUCAAGAAAGGCAUCUUCAGGCUUUCUGAAGAGCGACACAUUCCCGCCGAUGAUCCCUAUUGGACUUCUUUUUGGGAGCUUCCUGAAUCCUCAGAGGAUAUCUUCAGCCUCUUCGCCCCCGCCGACAUUCGACGCACUCGAGACAAGGCCUUGGAGAAUUUAGAAACUCUAAUACUGGCAUUAACAUCACGCUUGUUCAUCCUGCGCCACCAUCCUUCGUUUCCCGAUCCCGAAAUCGCUCCCGAACGCGAUGCUCUCAAUUGCGUCCGCGUCCUAACGCGCAUCCUUCCCUUCAUCUACGAGGCAGAUAAUCUUCAAUCAUGGGAGGAGCGGUUUUUCUGGGGUGCGCGGAGGAAGAGAACGAGGCAAUCUGCGAUUGCCGCCGAGGUGCUCUUUGACGGGGCCCAGGAAGGCCAGAGACCACCCAAGAACGAAAAUGAAGACUUCGAAGAUGCCAAACCCCUCGCCGAAGAGCUGAUCGACACCUUAAUCGACUUACUAUUCUUCUCCGACCUCACUCUGCCUAGGCAGCCUAGUGGGCGGCCGAAAGUGUCAUACGCCAUCUGGCAGAGUGGUGUAGGCUGCAACACAUCAGUGGCGACUACCAAAGAAUUCGAGAGCAAUCGUAGCGAGAUACUCCGCUUGCUGUUGACAAUGACUAGCCAGAGCAUGUACAUGUCGUCAAACAUGCUUCCACAGCAGGGAAUCCGAGCCCUGACACAUAUCUGCACUUGCCCCGAUAAGCAGGUCGUGCUAUCAGUCUUAUGCUCGCUGCUCAAUACUACCCUCAAGUACAACCCAGCCACCUGGCGUGUACCAUACAAUACCCUGGUCUUCAAGGACGAGAAGCAGAUACUGGUGACAUACACACUCCAGCUUUUGCUAGUGUUCCUGCUGUACCCAAUUCCCGAGCAAAACGGCACGACCCCCAAGAAUUACUACCGCCACUUCCUUGGGAGGCUUCAUCGGCCACAAGACUUUCAGUUCAUCGUCGAUGGCAUGACACGGAUUCUCAACCAGCCGCUACAUGAAAAGAGCUCGUAUCUUCCCAGUGGGCAAACCAAUGCCAGAUUUGCGCCAGAGAUACUCAUGCUCUUCUGGGAAAUUACUCAGUGCAACAAGAGAUUUAGGUCGUUCAUCAUCGAUACUGAGCGGGUCCAUGAUUUUGUCGUGCUCACUCUUUUCUACGCUCUGGAGUAUAAGAAUGACGCGUCCAAGCAAGGCGUUGUGAGAAUGUGUGCUUUUCUGCUGCAGACGCUGAGUGUCGAGAAGAACUUCGGCGCCAAUCUCAACAGAAGAUUCGAAGGUCAGGACAGCCUGCCGUUGAUAAUCAGGAUACCUGGCUUCAGCGGCACUCAUGCGGACUUCCUCAUACACAGCAUCUACAAUCUUAUCACCACGAGUCAAGGCAGACUGACAGCUAUAUACCCGGCUCUCAUGGCUGUCAUCAACAACAUUGCCCCCUAUCUAGAGGGUCUCAGCUCUGCAUCUGCCUCGAAGCUCCUGCAACUGUUUUCGUCAAUGUCUUCGCCUUCGUUCCUACUUGCGAACGACAGCAAUCAUGAUUUGCUGAGGUCACUAUUAGAAUCGAUCAACUCCAUAGUCGAACACAACUACCAAAAGAACCCCGAGCUCAUCUUCGCAAUUUUGCGCAACAAGAAGCGAAUAGAAGCAUUACGAACUUUCACCCUGGAAAGCGGUCAGGAGGAGAUCGAGAGACGAAACCGUCGCCGCAAAGAAUCAGCAGCCAAUGGUGACGGGCUCGAGCCCAGUUCUGUGAGGAGCUCAGCCGAAAGUAUGCGGAGUCCAACCGCAUCUCAUCCUCGACCCCCGACGUUAAGCGAUGUUCCGGAAGAGGACGGUACCUUUGCGAUUGGUGAUGACGAGGACGAUAGCGAGGACGAGGACCACCGCCCAACGCCAGCUCAGUCAACCACGAGCGAAAAUCCAUCUGUGACAUCGUCACAAGCGUCAGUGGUGGAAGACGCGGUUCCGACACAACUUCGGGGUAUGUCAGAAAAGGCCAGAGGUAAAAUGCCCGCCGGCAUGAGCAACUUCUCCAGGCAAAACAGCACCACGAGUCUGGGUGGAUACUCUGCAAGUGGGCAGUCUCAAUCCGGUGGCUUUGAGCCUACAGCCAACUGGAUUGAAAGUUGGCUGCCAGAGCUGCCUCUUCACACCAUCCUUACCGUGAUCCAGCAAGUGACGGCUCUGUUGCCCAGGCAAGCUCUUGCGGGAGAAUCUGCAACCAGAGAGACACUUUUGAAGAUCCAAGAAAUCAGGCUGGUGGGAGUCGACCCAACACCACCACGAGUGCACUCCUUCGAGUGGUCGCAGCUCUCAUUAGGAUGGUACGAGUCCUUGUUGUGGGGCUUUGUUUUCAGCAGCGAGAUUCAGAUCUCAAAGGGCACAGUUGGAAUCUGGAACGGUACAGCGAUCAAGCUAUUCAGGGUCCAAGAGACUGCGCCUCAAGGGCCAAGUCUGGCGUCACCGAGGGGAGCCGUUGAUGCUGUUGGGAGCAAUAUCGUGUCCCGGAUCGGUGCUAUGAACCUGCGAGGCCCCGGAGGUACAUCACCACCAGCCAAUCAUCGUCCGGGAUGA